AUGUCGGGCAGUGAUGAACCGCCUGCGAAGCGGCCACGGCGGGAGGCGGCCCCGGCCAUGACGUUCCCAUAUGAGCUGGACACCUUCCAGAAGCAGAGCAUUGACGCCCUAGAGGACGGUGACAGUGUGCUGGUCUCCGCCCACACCUCCGCCGGGAAGACGACGGUGGCCCUCUACGCCAUUGCCAAGGCCCUGCGAGAAAAGAAGCGGGUCAUCUACACCUCCCCUAUUAAGGCGCUUAGCAACCAGAAAUUUAGGGAGUUCUCGGAGAAGUUUGACUCUGUGGGUCUCAUGACAGGCGACACCACCAUCAAGGCUGACUCGGACUGCCUCGUCAUGACGACGGAGAUUCUGCGUAGCAUGCUGUACAGAGGCACUGAGAUGCUGCGGGAGGUGGGAUGCGUCAUCUUUGACGAGGUCCACUACAUGCGGGAUAAGUCGCGGGGUGUGGUGUGGGAGGAGACGAUCACGCUGCUACCCGAGGGGUGCCAGUACGUCUUUCUCUCCGCCACCAUCCCGAACGCGCGGGAGUUUGCGGACUGGGUGGAGAGCAUUCACCCCGGCACGAAGGUGCACGUCAUCCACACCGACUACCGUCCGGUCCCGCUGCAGCACUACUUGUACCCAUGCGGGGCGGAUGGGAUUUUCCUCAUCGUGGAUGAGCAGGGCAAAUUCCGCGACGAUAACUUUAGGCGGGCUAUUGCCUCCAUGGGGGCGAUGGACGCACCCACAGGCGGUGCAAAUGGUGCGGACGCCGCAAGGUCGGCCGCGACGGCCCUCACACGUGGGAAGCAGAAGUCCUCCAGAAAAGGGACACAACCCAUCAUGGAGAUUGUCAAACUAGCGAUGGAUCGCAACAUGUAUCCCAUCAUUGUCUUCUCCUUUUCCAAGGCGGAGUGUGAGCGCAGCGCCCUGGCGCUCUCCAAGUUGAACUUCAACAACAUGGAGGAAGACGCGCUUGUUACGGAGGUUUUCAACAACGCGAUGGAGUGUCUCGCGGAGGACGACAGGCAACUGCCGGCGGUUGAGCACCUGUUGCCGCUAUUAAAGCGUGGCGUCGGCAUUCACCACUCCGGCCUGCUGCCCAUCCUGAAAGAGGUGGUUGAAAUUCUCUUUCAGGCCGGGCUUGUGAAGGUGCUUUUUUCCACGGAGACCUUUUCCAUGGGUCUAAACAUGCCGGCCCGCACCGUCGUGUUCACCUCGGUCAAAAAGUUUGACGGCGAGAAAAACCGCUACCUGACGGGUGGGGAAUACAUUCAAAUGUCUGGGCGCGCGGGGCGGCGUGGUCUGGACCGCGUCGGCGUCGUCAUUGCAAUGGUGGACGAGGCGGUCGAGCCCGACACACUGAAGCAGCUCACCGGCGGCGGGGCCGACGUACUCAACAGCAGCUUUCACCUGACGUACAACAUGGUGCUGAACCUGCUGCGGGUGGAGGAUGUCGACCCGGAGUUUAUGAUGCGGCACAGCUUUGCACAGUUUCAGCGGCUGCGCAACCGCCCCGCUCUGGAAAGGCGCGCCGCAGCCUUAACGGAGGAGAUUGCGUCCAUUCAGUUUGAUCACGAGGAGGUAUUUCGCCAGUACACUCUCUGCCAGGAGCUCCUCGCGGCUCGACGCAAGCAGCUGGGGGACAUUCUCAGGCAACCGGCCUUUUUGAGGCGGUUCACCCACUCCGGCCGCCUUCUCCGCGUACGCCGUGCGGCGGAUGGGAAGCUGUUCAACUGGGGCAUCUGCCGUGCCUUUCACGCCAAGACGCCCAACGCCGACGCCAAGGACCCCUCCGCCUUCGCCGUGGAUGUUGCUGUGAUCUGCACAAAGGCCAACACGGCGCAACCCACCUCGCUGCUCCCGUGCCACGUGAAGGACUUCACUACGAGCACGGCGGACCUCUACACCCUGACCUUUGACUUUACCGACAUUGAGGCUGUGGCCCGCUUCCGUGUUAAUCUCCCGGCGGAGCCCGACACGGAGUCUGGCCGGGCGCAGAUGGUGCAGACCCUCGCGAAGCUGUACCGGCGAUACGAGGAAAAUGUGCCGCUCCUCACGGGGGAUGAGAUGGGCGUGGAUGAUCCCCAGUUUGAGAAACUGCAGGUGCAGGUGGGGCGGCUGGAGGUGCAGCUGAAGGAGAACGAGCUUGUGCAGCGCCCCACCAAGGAGUUGGAGUCGGCCUUUGAGCGUUUCACGCAACGGGCCAAGCUGGAGACGGAGUUGGGUGAGGUUAGGGAGGAGCUGAAUCAGGUAUCCCGGGCCAUUUUCUCAGAGGAGCUGCAGCAGAUGAUGCGUGUGUUGCGGCGGCUGGACUACAUUGACAAGGACAAUGUUAUCCUGCGCAAGGCGCGUGUGGCGUGUGAGAUUACCACCACCGACGAGAAUGAGAUUCUGCUUACGGAGCUGCUCUUCAAGGGUGUGCUGAACGCCAUGGAGACGGAGAUGAUUGUUGCCCUGAUGUCGUGCCUGGUGAACGUGCACCGCACCCCAGAUGGGUUUUCUCUCCCCGAGGAGUUUCAGCAACCUCUGAAGGAGCUAAACGAGAUUGUCAGCCGCAUUGCCACGGUAAGCCUCGAGAGCGGCAUUGUGCAAGAGGGCAUGAGUGUGGAGAAGACGAUGCCGUCGCUGAUGGAGGUCACCUACAUGUGGGCCAAGGGGGCCAAGUUUGUGGACCUCAUGAGCAAAACAAAUGCCUACGAGGGGGAAAUUGUUCGCAUGAUGCGACGCCUAGAGGAGCAGUUGCGGCAAAUGGCGGGGGCGGCGCGCUCUCCGGCCAUUGGCAGCAUGGAGCUGCACGAUAAGUUUCUGCAGGGUAUUCAGCUGAUCAAGCGGGACAUCGUCUUUGCCUCCUCGCUGUAUCUGUAG